AUGUGUCUCAAACAUGUGGAAAAAUAUAUCAUGGCAAGUGAAGUUGAGUUGCAGUCUGCACUUUCUACAGAUGGAUUUCAUUGUCGUGUGGAUGGGUGUGAUAGAAGCUAUAUUCAUCACUCUGCUAGAGUCAAGUAUGUGCAAUACAUUUCCAAACAGCCAAUAAAUUAGUUGAAGUGGACAAUACUUUGUGUACAAACACAGGCACAUAAAUAUCAUUCUACACCAUGCUUAUGACCCUAAUUUGGUUUUGUUGUGUUUUAUAAUCCAUAAAACAGGGUGUUUGCGAUCACAUAGUGUGCAAAAAAUGAUUUUCUUUAUUUAUAUAUUUUUUAUUGUUAGUAAGGUUUAGUGUUCUAUUUUGUUUAAUAAAAAAUAUUAUUUUCCAAUUCUAAGGCACGAGGAUUCUCAACAUGGACUGGUCAAGGAUAGAUAUUAG